UUACCAAAGCUCCAAAAUUAUAUUGAAGACAUAGUGCAAGCUUACACCGAAAAAGAAUUUCAAUCGCACUUCAGGUAAUUAUCGUAAAAUAUUAUAUAACAAUUACUUAUUGCACUGUGGAAAAUGGCCACUCCUGAUUCAUAUCGAUCGAUUUGUCAAAAAUUUAAUGUCAGCUUUGCAGUAGCACUCUUGAGUGUGCGUAGAGUUGUAAAUUCAUUAGUUGCAAUUGCACCUAACUUUAUAGUUUGGCCAGAUCCUGAAAAAGUUGAUAAUAUUUCGCAUGGAUUUGAAGUUACAAGUGGGUUUCCAAAUGUUAUUGGCGCAAUUGACGGAACACUUAUAAAUAUUACCAAACCUCGUCAACACUCGGAAUCCUAUGUUAACAGAAAAGGUCACCAUUCAAUUCAGUUACAGGCUGUAUGUGAUAGUCAAGCAAGAUUUCUUCAUUGUUAUGCUGGAAACGUUGGAUCAAUACAUGAUGCUAGAGUAUUUCGUCUUUCAGAAGUAAAUGACUAUCUUAAUGAUCCACUGAAAUUUCCAAAUGACUGUCAUUUAGUUGGUGAUGCAGCUUACCCUAUUCAUAAAAACUUAUUAACUCCUUAUCGAGAUAACGGUCACUUAUCAAUUCGUCAAAAAAACUAUAAUUUUUGUCACUCAUCUGCACGUAUUGCUAUUGAACGUGCAUUUGGAUUACUGAAAAAAAGAUUUCGUAGUCUAUUGACAGUGUUAGAUAUGACCCGCACAGAUUUGAUACCCGAUUUUAUAAUUGCCUGCUGUGUUUUACAUAAUAUAUGCUUAUGA